AUGCCGUCAAUGCACGAACGCAUCCGCGAGGACCUCCUCAACAAAGAGCGCGCACUCUGGACAGCCCUUACAUCAGCUGAUCCCGCGCCCGCCAUCUGGAAACUCAGCAACCCAGAAGCAGUCUACCUAUUUCCGCAAAUGCCCAUCAUCACGCUCGAAGACGAGGAUGCCUUCAAGAAAGCCGUUCGGCCACCCUUCCACCGUUUCGACGGAUACCAGUUCGACCAAGUCCGAGUCAUUAUCGUUGAUUUGAUGGCUGGUGUUGUCACAUACAAGGUUCGCGCGAUCCGAGGGAAGAAGGAAUAUAUUGCCUCUGGGUCGACGACCUGGAGUCAAGGGUCCGAUGGCGAGUGGACAGUCGCUUGUCAUCAGGAGACCCUGAUGGAGAGAGAAUAA